AUGGUUCUGGACAAAGACAACUGCAUUGCCAGAGACCACGACGACAGAGUAUGGCCCGCGUACGAGGAGCGCUGGAGCUCACUGAAAAAGGAGUAUCCCGGACGACUGCUCAUCGUGAGCAAUUCGGCAGGCACCAACGAUGACCUCGACGGCCAGGCGCAACGGCUCGAAAAAAACACCGGCGUGCCUGUGCUGCGACACUCCACCAAGAAGCCCGGGUGCUGGCCCGAGAUCGUGGCCUGGUUCGAGCAGCGCGGCGUGGCGCCGCACGAGAUCGCCGUCGUGGGCGACCGUCUGUUCACAGACAUCCUGAUGGCCAACAUGAUGGGCUCGUACGGGACCCGCCAUCUACAGCGUGUCGCUGCUGUACAACAUCUUCGCGUCGUACUUCUUCCCGAUCCUCAUAGCCAGCACCAUGGAGGAGAACCUCGAGAACCCGUUCGAGAGCCUGCGCAAGGAGGUGCGCGCGUGCCAGGGGUUUGUGGUGUGCGUGUGCAUCCAGGCGGUGGCGCUGGCGCUGUCGGUGUGGUCCACGGUGCGGAUCUUCCAGACCGAGCAGGUGCUGCUGGUCGACUACGACUACGUCUCGCGGCGCACCAAGAAAAUCGACGUCACCAGCAUGAUCAAGGUGUUCCAGGUGGUGAGUCUGAGCCUGACGGUGUUUGGGUUCAUGAUGAGCCUCGUGAACUUUGUCAUCACGAGAAACAGACUUAUCCGGUACCUGCACCGCAUCGAGCGCGAGAGCGAGCACGAAUGGGCCAGGGACAAUCUGCCGGACGACUUCUACGAGCGCUGCAUCAAGACGCACCGCGGCACGGCUAA